GUCACCUUGGAGGCGUUGCCCACCUCAAGGAUAGAGGGCUUCUGGCUGCCAUGAUCCCACUGGUGGUGGUGGUCUGAGCUAGCAGGGCAGCUAGCUCAAAGUUACCUCCCAUCAUCACCUCCUCUUAGAUUCUCACAUUUUUAUUUGAGGAUGGAGACUGGGAAUCUGGAAGAGACUAGUGACAGUAUUUCUCUGCCAGCCUUGCCCAGACGCAGAAAUCCAGAUGUCAGUUUGCAGUUUAUCUAGUGCCUAGCUAAUCUCUGAGUAAUAUCCGAUAAUCUGAUAUUGGGAUUGUUCAUACUCUUCUCCAUUCUCAGCCCAGAGCAUAAGAAAGCAACGAACCGAUUCUGGUGGGAGAACAAAGCUGAGGUUCAGAUGAAAGAGAAGUUUCUCAUCUCCCCUGGAGAUUACGCACAAUUCAAGAAAUCCAUGGUGAAAGGUUUGGAUUCCUACGAGGAAAAAGAGGAUGAGGUGAUCAAAGAGAUGGCAGCUCAGAUCCGUGAGGUGGAGCACAGCCGGCGGGAGGUGGUUCGGUCCAUCUUAGAGCCUCAGGCAGUGCCAGACCCAGAAGAGGGCUCUUCGGCACCUGGAAGCUCGAGAGGGACAAACAGUCAAAUAGCCUCCACCUCACAGUGGCCCUCAUGCUUGGACCUGCCACCAGCCCCAGAGCUUGACUGGAUGGAGACAGGACAACCUCUGACAUUUAUUGGUCAUCAGGACACACCAGGAGUCGGUAACAUCCACUCAGGUGCCACACCACCCUGGAUGGCCCAAGAUGAGGAAUACAGCUCUGGGAACCAACAAAUAGGACCCUCCUACGAAGAAUUUCUUAAAGAAAAGGAAAAACAGAAGUUGAAGAAACUGCCCCCAGACAGAGUUGGGGCCAACUUUGAUCACAGCUCCAGCACUAGUGCAGGCUGGCUGCCCUCUUUUGGCCGGGUCUGGAAUAAUGGACGCCGCUGGCAAUCCAGGCAUCAAUUCAAAACUGAAGCUAAGGCAACAAGGAACAAACACCAGUCAUAUAAAGAAAAAAAACUAAUGGUUUCUUAAGGCUCAAAGCCAAGUCAGCAAACUCUACCUGGGAUUAUCCUUUGUGAUGGCCUCUCAGGAAAUAGACAUACCCACUUAUUGAUUUAAUAAAGUUUUAUUUUUCAAAAUGUA